UGGCGCGGUUUAUCAAAACUGAGAGCAGCAGCUGUUCGUCUCUCCGCCGGAGCUCCGUGACUAAAACCUCUCAUAUAAUGUCAUAUACUCACAAACACCGACGUGACGACGACUGUAAGGUUGACGAAAACAGGAACAAAGGGUCUUUAAGAUGGUCCCACUGCAGGAAGCGUGGUGCUGAUGGAAGUGUGAGGGGCCCUCAAAGAGAAGCUGAAUCAACGCAUAGCACUGACAAAAGAGAGCCCAGGUCACAGAGGCCGGAGAGUUUUACAACCCCAGAGAGUGAAGGACCAGUGUCAAGAAUAAGAAACUGGGGGGAUGAGGUGGAGGCCGAUGAAAUGCGCACCAGUGUUCGACGUGACAUGCAGCGUUACAGGCGAAGGAUACUGGCUGGAGAGUUUGUUCAAAGAGAGAGGAAAACCUCGUCUGGAAGUUCAGACUCCAGAGAUUCCAGGGACUCUCCAGCACCUGGUGACAUUGAGACAGACGAGACUGUCUUAAUGAGGAGACAAAAGCAGAUCAACUAUGGCAAGAACACUCUUGCGUAUGACAGAUACAUUAAAGAAGUGCCCAAGCACCUGAGACAGCCAGGAAUCCAUCCUAGAACACCCAACAAAUUUAAGAAGUAUAGCCGCCGCUCUUGGGACCAGCAGAUAAAACUGUGGAAAGUCAAACUUCACGCAUGGGACCCACCUGCUGAAGAAGGCAGUGACCUGCAAGCUGUAGAGGAUUUUGAUUUUGAUUUUGACAUGGAGUGCUCCGUAGAUCCUGAAACUGAACUACAGUAUCCAAAAUCCAGUAGUGCUUCAUCAUCUUUGCCUCAGGACUCAUGUUCAGGAACCCCUAGCAAGAUGAUGAAGAUGGAUGAGUUGGAGAUUGCUUGACCUCUUUCACUGGAGCUCUGAUGAUGUGGGGGGAACUGUCUGUUGUAAUGCACUGUUUGAUUUUGUUGUAAUUGAUUCUUUUCUACAUCUGUUUUUGUUUUGUUUUUUUUUUCAAAACUUCCUUUACUUGUCGUUUGCCUUUUUUCUGUAAAUGAAACUUAAGUCAUUUAUUUUUUUAUACCAGUUAAAAGAAGAAAAAUACACAGUUCUGUUGUUUUUGCAUAUUAAGUUCUUCCACAUCAGAGUUCAUUCCAAAUUUGAAUUGUAAGUGUUGUGUAAUCAUUUUAAAUGCAUAGCUUCUGUUUUUAUCUUGUGUACAGGCUUUCUUUUGUUAAAUGUUUACUCAGGUGUUUUAUUAGGAUGAUUUUGAAAUAAAUAAAACUGGAAAGACUA